AGCUCGAUCUCUUAAUUCUGAUUGGUUUGGUAUCUGUCAAUCAUUUUAAUCGGGAAACCCUGAAAUCCCCGGUAGGAAGUAGAAUGGAGGACUGUAUCGAGGUCAUCCUCGAGGAGCACAGCAGCAGGUGGUUCAGUCAUCAGCGGUCCGGCCGCAAUGUCACCUUACUGAUCGGAUCUGCCUUCGCUGGAGUCUAUGGCCUCUGGUCCAUGUUCUGUAUGCCUGGACUGAGGGUCCCUUUCAGACUAAAGGUGCCAUUUUUACCUUCAACAAAAGAACAAACUCUAAAUGUUAUCAAGCUUCUAGAAGGACGCAAAGGCUGUCUGGCUGACCUGGGAUCAGGCGAUGGACGUUUGGUUUUUGCAGCAUCGUCAAUGGGAUUUCAGUGCACAGGUUUUGAAAUAAACUCCAUAUUACUGAACUAUUCAAGGAGUAAAGCAUGGUGGCGUGGCGUACCUCACACUGAUAUUAAUUUCGUUAAACAGGACUUCUGGAAGACGGAUCUAUCCAAAUACAGAAAUGUGACUGUGUUUCUGGCUCCUGCAGUGAUGGGGGUUCUGGAAGAGAAGUUGUUAAAGGAACUUCCUGAGGAUGCCAGAGUCAUUGUGUGCAGUUUCCCUUUUCCUCACUGGCCCCACAGCUGCACUGCUGGAUCUGGAUUAAACCAGGUCUGGGCUUAUGAUGUCCACACUGCUAGAGAACAGGCCAGAACGUCUAACUCACCGAUCACAUGCCUGAACCAGCCUUCUGAUCACCAGUGAGCAGCUGAUUCUCAGCGCUGACAGAUGAGCCACAUGCAACGCAGAAAACAAGAUAUUUAGCCUUACAUAACAGAUGAUGAAUGUUUCUGUGUGACAGGCUAAACAAUGAAAUUCUGAAUCCUAUUCCAAAGCAAGAUGAAGUAUUUGAUGUGUGAUGGUAAAUAAAUUGUUGAAAUUGUUGAAA